AUGGCUGAUCCUACAAAAGGUGACACCAUGGUCCUGUAUCUGGAUGUCCUGGUCCCGGCACUGAUCGCUCUUAUAUCUGGACUGGUGAUAAACUCAUUUAUUAUAGUCAUCAAUGUCACUAACUGGUUGAAUGGAAGAUCGGUGACUCCUGUUGACCUCAUUAUAACUUCUCUUGGGAUUUCACGGAUGUGCAACCAAUGUGCUUUUACACUUAGUAUUAUUGUCUCUACAAUCUUUCUGAACAACCUCCAUGUGGAUGUAACUGUGUUUAUUAUGGAAGCACUCUAUUCAUUCUUUGUUUAUACCAAUAUUUGGUUAACAAGUCUUCUGUCCAUUGUCUUCUGUCUGAAGAUCUCCAACCUCCGCACCAGACUGUUCCUGUAUCUGAGGAGGAUGAUAGGUCAGAGGACUGUGCAUUUCAUUGUAGGAUCAGUUCUUCUCUCUGCUAUGAAUUGUUUGUUGUCUUUGUUGCCGACCAUCAUUGAUGUGACCAAAGGUGGAACAUACAAUACAACCAUGGAGAUUUUUUUAAUGAAUUGCAAGUUUCGUAAUUCCUUCUACAGUCAUAUUAUAUCAUUCUUCAUUACACUACUUUUCUGUUCCGUCUCCUCCGUCCUCCUCAUCACCUCGUUGUAUCGUCACAUAACAAAGAUGAAGAUGAGCGGGAACUUAUCCAUCAAUCUGGAGACAUAUUACUCAGCCAUGACAUUUGUGCUCAUCACUUUUAUAUACAACAUUAUAUACUUCACUGGUCAUAUGGUUAGGGUCUUUAUGUACUUUUUAUACUUUUUGUAUGUUCCAUGGUUUUACACUGUCUUGGAAUUUCUACCAGUUCUACAUUCCUCCUACCUGAUCUACAGAACGGCCAAACUGAGGGGUCACAUGUCCAAGGUUCUUCAGAACGUCAUUGAUUUUUUAUACCAAAAGAAAAGUGCAGAGACUAGAGAGGACAUAGAAAUAGUAGCUCUAUCAUGUAACUAA